AUGUCCACAAUCUCCUCCUCUCUCGACCUCACCCUCGACCUCCCCCUCGCCAAAGCCCUCCUGGGUCCAGACCUCACCAACAUCACCGCAGAAACCCUCCGGAAAACCUUCGAAUCCAUCGGCGCGAGCCCAGAGAAACUCCGCGCUCUCCUCAACGUCGUCCUCACCCCACUCGUAAAACCCACUUUCACCAUCCCCUCGCGUGAGGAUGACAACAACCCGCUUUCUGUGUCCUCCUCUGGCCUGGAGGGGGUCGAGUUCCUCCUCGACGGUGGGACUAGCAGCAACAGCAGCAGCAACGAGGCGAUGCCGUACCGGAUGUUUGACAUUGCUACGGGGAAUUUGGUGGAGUACCCUUCCGUGGGUGGAGCGGGGCGUGGGCAGUAUUGUAUGCUGUCGCAUCGGUGGAAGGGGACGGAGGUGACCCUAGGGAAUAUUAAGGAGGCGAGGAAGAAAGCGUUGGAGCGGGCACGUGCUGGGGUCGGGGGGUCGUCGAGGAAGAGCGGGGCGAGGAAGAGUGAUGUGGCGUUGGUGUUGGAGCAGUGUCGGUUGGAUAUUUUGGAGCAGGCGAGUUUGGUGACGGAAUUGGAGUUGUUGGGGGGCGGUGAGGGCGAUGAGGAUGGUGGUGACGGCCAGGAGAUGUCGGUGGCUGCGCAGCCGGUGGGUGUUGGGGAGUUGUUGAAGCGUCGGUUGGAGGCGAAGGCUGCGGAGUAUGAGUUGGGUGGAGCGCAGGAUAGCGAGGCCAAGGCGAGAUCGGGGCGGGAGUUUGCGAAGAUGGAGCAGAAGAUGUUCGCUCGGCUUGUGGAGAAGAUGAAGGUCCAGGUGGGCGGAACUAACGACACGGCAGUUGGGGGAGGAGGAGAAUCCGAGACGGUGGUCAAGGAGUUUGACGACAAAGUCAAAGACGCGAGCAAGGCUCUCCGGACUGCCCAAGAGAACCACAAGAAGGUCCGGGACCAUAUCGAGUACUUCCGGACACACGGCCAUCUACGCGACGCAGUGGACGAGAUGGUAUCCCGCCUGCAGCGGUGGAAGUCCGCGAUUAAGCUAGAUCGGUCGCUGAAGGAAGCCGACCGCAUUUUCAAGACAAAGAUGUUCCAGCCGCGAGAGACGUGCUAUCUCUGGAGCGACACCUGCUGCAUCGACAAGACCAACGGUGGUGAACUGUCCGACUCGUUGUCGCUGAUGGGUGACUGGUACGCCGAUGCCGAGUUCACGCUGGUACAGCUCGACACCAAGUUUCGCGAGGACGAUGCGGUGAAAGAUUGGGAGAGAUUUGAGAAGGAAGAGAUUAAGGGACAGGAGCAGGAGAAGACGGAAGGAAAUAUUACCACAUUUGGACAAAUCUGGGGCAGCGAAAUUGAGUGGGCCACUCGGGCGUGGACACUGCAGGAACUAGUCAUGAGCAAAACCACCUUCUACGUCAACUCCGCAUGGCAGCCCCUGAGCCGGCCGGUGGAAAGCCUGGGGUAUUUCUACUCGCUGAUUCCAUUCUUGGACAUAUACACGGAGGGUGACAAACGGAACGUUUACCGAUCUGUUUGUGGUGAAAACCAGGCGGCUGGAUAUUGGGAUUCAAGCGUUUUGAAGAAAAUCUUAGACGACGAGGACGUGCUGGGGAAAUGGGAGCGAUUCCGAGACAAUAUCCAGGGAACUAGGAAUGACGAAUUCGGCGUCAUCAAGAGACUGCAAGUUGCCCAGCAGCUCAUUCUGCUCCUCGACUACUUGGGCGUCCAGAUUCCGUCAAAUCUGACGGUUCACACCUCGACCGCCGCCAUCUCGAGGGCCGUGUACCUGGCUACGGCCGACCUGGUCAAUAAUGGGAACGAUGAGCUAAACGCGAGGCAACGCUGCUACUCCAGGCUCCGGGACCAUCUUCCCAAGUUGUCUCUGUCCGAACCUGCAGAAGGCGACGAUGCCGCGCGAAAUGAGCGAAAUGAGCACCUGGCCCAGCACGCGAUCGGCUUCCUGCUGAGGUGUCUGGUGGCGGAGACCAAAGACCUAGUGUACGCCGAUCGGGAGUACAUUGCACAACUCGGCCAGAUCCCGCAGCUAGAGUCGUGGAAAAAGGGCCUGUCCAGCCGGGGCUUCACAGCCGAGGCCGUACUCCAGCUUUCGGGCAACCGAUUCGCCACCGUGGCUACCGACCGAGCCUAUGCACUCAUGGGUAUCCUCGGCGUCAGGUUUCCCACCUUCCCAGCUGAAGGGCCCGCCAAAGCCCUAGCCCGCCUGCUGGACGAAGUGGUCAUCUCCCGCAGCGACGUCUCGGUUUUCAACUGGUCUGGCACCGACAUGGGUAGCCCCAUCCGUGGUCGGUCACUGUACCCAUCCUCUCAAACGGCGUAUGCAAACCAGGUUGACCAGAUCGGGCGGUAUAACCUGAUGCUGGCGGCCCGCGUGCAAGACAAGAUGGACGAGGUCAUGGCUACCUACCACUCAGUCAUCCAGACCCUGCGAGACACCAUCGACAUUCUCAAGGACAAGAGCCGAACGAAUCUUCCCAUUCACUGGAUACAGAUCAUCUUGGAGUUGAUUGGGAAAGUCUCGUUUCGCAAGUUGAGGGUACAUCGGGAUCCACUGAAGCGGGUGAUUACGUACAUUCACCAGCAGUCUCUGAGGGAGAAGAUGGCGAUUGAACAGGCGAGAAAGAUGAUGGCAUUGGAAGAGGCGAAGCCACGCCCGGGUCUGCUAUCCUCGAGCGACAGCUGGAACUUGAAACGGCCGGCGAUACUGUCCACGAAGUCUCUACCCUCCAUACCAUCGCUGCCGUCGUUGAGCAGGACCGGGAGCACGGAAUCAACCACGCCCACGGAGAAAACCUCGUCGUCUAAGAAGACAUCGAGAUUUGGACUCGGAAAAAAGGCAUUCCAGGUAGCGUCCUCUGGAAUCCAGAAGACCGGUCUCGGGAGCUCCCUGGCGGCCCCGGAGAGCCCUGCCGAUCCUCCGCCACCACCGUGCGAGGAGGUGGAAUCCAAGCCAUCAGAGCCCGAGCGAGCGGGCUUUUUCUGGCAGCACAUCGACUCACCGGUCACGAAGUGGCUAUCAGCUCUGGACCCAGAUACAGGGGUUGGAGGACAGGAGAAACAGGACCAACUCCCAGCCGAAAUCCAAUCCAUCCCCUUAAAUGAGAGACAUGGGCACUCACAGAACGGAAUGUAUCAAAACCAACACCCACAGUCCAGCAACAUCCGCCUGCUCGAGGACGAAUAUCAAGGCACCGUCUCCCCGAAUCCCAUCACCGUCAGCACCUCCGGCAUCGAGGGCCUCUUCGACAUCCAACGCAUCAUCGUGACCAUGAUUGAGCCCGAGAAGCUGCGCCGCCAAAUUGCCCGCGCCGCCAGCCGCCAUGACCAGAUUUCCGGCUGGUGCUCCGUUAGCACCGGCUUCGCCCGCGUCCUCACCAGCUUCCGAUGCGAGAGGCACAUCCUCGAGCAAGAACUCGACGUCAUCGAAUCAGUCGAAACCCGCGUCGUGUUUCCCAAGUCGCUGCCUGUUACUAAGGGAGAUGGAGGUGAUGUGCAGCCUUCCAGCGACGACAACAAGGACAACACGGACAAUAAGGACAAGAACCCAGGAACGACUACUACUGCUACUGCUAACAUGACGGCGGACGAAGCCCGCCGCCUCCAGCGCAUGCUCACCUUCAUCCAAAACCCCUCCUUGCACCUCGUCGCAGGCGAAUGGGUCCUCGCCCGCUUCUCUCACACCCCCUGUGCCCAGUGGUUCCUGUGCCAUUUCACGCUUGGGGCAGACUCAUCUACUUUCCACGGCGUGCGUAUUCCGACUGGAUCUGGACCAGGUAGCAACGCGACCCUGGAACCGGGGUUCAUUGGCGUAUGGGAGAGUUACAUGGAGCGAAAGAAGAGCAAGAUGAGCAAGGUUGUGAGACAGUAUAUGCGGAGUCAGGAGGCGAAGGAGAAGGCGGGAGACAAGUUUCUAGAAGGAUUGGUGCGUGCGCGCGCGGGCCUGGAAGCGAUGAUGGGAGAAGGGGGGCCGAUUUCCCCGGCGAAGGAGGAGGGGAAGAAAGGUGGAGAGGGAGAUGGAGAGAAAAAGGAGGGGGGUGGUCAAGAAGAUGAUGAGGAGGAGGAGGAGGACGACGACGACGACGAAAGCCUGUCUAGCCUAUUCAAGAUGGUGGUGGGCCAGGGGGCGCGGGCGGCCGAGGCGUGGGGCGAGUCGGCGUAUCUGGUGCUCACCGAGAAGCUGCACGAGAUGCGGGCCGAUCAUCUCGAACGGAAUUUGAGCAGGGCGGUGUUAAAACGGACGCCUAAGGUGCUGCGGGCGGCGGUGGAGAAUAUCCAUGACAACAGGAACCUGCUACCGGCUAUGUUUCACUCGGGUGUGAGGGUGCAUAUGUUUUGA